AUGCAGCCUAAAUACCGCGUAGAGAUCGUCAGCGACGAUGACUUCCCCGAGCUGUACCGGGCGCUCUGGGAAGCCUUUGAGAAUCCCUACCAGGGCAUUGUCCGCUUAUUCUUCCCCAUCCACAACAAUGAUCGCGAGGGCAGUCUAAAGGAAUGCGUCCAGGCUCAAUUGGAAGAGUAUCAUAAGGAACAGCCACAUGUAACCUGGAUCAAAGUUGUGGAUACAGAAGCCAACAAGAUCGCCGCCGCGGCCAAGUGGUACUUGUACCCGGAGGACCCUUUCGCGAAAAAGGAGGGCCCGAUGGUGGCGGACUGGUUCCCCGAGGGAGUGACGAGGGAGUGGGCGACGCAAGCAGUCAGGCAGUUUGAGCAUCCGCGGGAGAGCAUGGCCCGACGACCGCAUGCUUUUCUACACAUCGCAUUCGUCCUCCCCGAGUAUCGCGGAAAGGGACUGAGCCAUCUGUUCAUGAGAUGGGGCGUGGAAAAGGCAGAUGCGCAGGGCUUGGAAGCUUGGCUGGACGCCUCAGAGUUUGGAGCGCCCCUUUACAAGAAGUAUGGUUUUCGCGAGGUCGUCUUCAAUCGCGUAAAGCCGGUUCCAAUGCGCCAGUUCUCCGACGAGGAACAAAAGGAAUGGACACAGUGCGAGGAGACUUUCUUACCCAUCAAUGAGACGGUGAUGUGGCGCCCUGUUUUAGGCAAAUAUGUCGAGGGAGAGACGCCAUUGGCACGGUGUGAUGAGACAGAACAGGUCUAG